UACACUUGACUGGCUGAACGGCUCACUGAAUUGGGUGGGCCUCAACCAAACCACAAUCUUGUCUGUGUGUCUGUCUUAUUCUUCCAUUUCACUCUCAAAAUUCAAAACUCCCCGGAGGAAGAAGAAGAAUAUAACACAAAGCAUUGAUUUUGAGGUGUUCAUGUAAUACCCCAAAAGUUAACAAUUUCUAUAGUUGAAUGAUGGGUUUUGAGGCUUCUGAUAAGUCAAAGUUUUGUGUUCGUGAUGAUGAUGAAGAAACUUUCAAUUUUAAAUGGCUUGCAUCAUUUGAUAAAAAAACAUCGCAUUCAUCUUCCACUGAAGACUUUGAAUCUGAAGGUGAUGGUGAUGUUCCUUUGUCAGCAAUGUUUCCUCAGAUUAUGGGUUUGAGAACAUGUAAUAAUAACAAUAAUGGUUCUGUUAAGAACAGGAAUACUACUACUAGUACUAUACUGCCAGUUAAGCGGAUGUUAAUUGACAACAGCAAUGUCAUGUGUGGUUCGAUUAAGAAAUCAAAGGUGUCACCAUCACCGUAUGAUGAUAAUGGAUAUGAUAGCGAUGCAGACAAUAUUCCUAUUUCGUCAAGAAUUAAAAUGCCUGCCAUGUCAACUGAUGAAUCAUUUUUCUCGCUGAAGAAAGAACUCACAUUGGUAGAAAAAUCAUUUGAGGAUUGCAAAAGGACGAGACAAGUAGAAGAGAAGAGAUUGCAGUCCAUAAAGAGAGAUAUUGAGGAGUGCUGCAAAGAUCUUGAAAACAAGAAAAAGGAAACUAUUUAUGUUGGAAGAAUUGACGAAGCUCGCAAGAAAAUCGAGGCCAAAAUUGAAAAAUGUGUCGAGGAUUUUGCAGCAAAGGAAGCACAACUCUAUUUGAUGGAAGACUUGAUUGGAGAGCGCAAGCAAGAACUCAAGACAAAAGAGAUAGAACUUCAUCAAGUCAAGGAUAACAUUUCAAAACAGAAGCAUUUUGAAAGACAAGUGAAGGAUUUUGAAUCAAAAGAGAAGGAAUUUGAAAUCCAGGCGAAGGAGCUAGUGAAUGAUUUGAUAUCAAAACAGAAGCAUUUCGAAAGCCGAAUGAAGGAGCUUGAGUCAAAAAAGAGAGAUUUUGAAGAGCAGGUGAAGGAGCUGGAAUCUGAAAAGAAGAGUUUUGAAAGCCAAGUGGAGGAGUUCGUAUCACAACAGAGGCAAUUGAAAGGACAAGUUAAGGAACUUGAGUCUAAAGAGAAGCAACUUGAUGGCCGAGGGGAAGUACAUGAAUCAAAAAAGAGAGAAUUCGAAGGCCAUGUGAAGGAGCUCGAAUCUAAAAAGAAUUGUUUUGAAAGUCAAGUGGAGGAGCUCAAAUCAAAAGAGAGACAAUUGAAAGGACAAGUUAAGGAACUUGAGUGUAAAGAGAAGAAAAUUGAUGGUCGAGCAAAGGAGAUUGAAUCAAAAGAGGAUGAAUUUGAAGGCCGGGUGAAGGAGUUGGAAUCAGAAAAGAAGCAUUUCGAGAGCAGGCUGAAGGAGCUCGAAUCAAAAGAAAAGCAAUUUGAAGGACAAGUGAAGGAGUUUAAAGGUCAAGGGAAGGAGUUUGAAUCAAAUAAGGAGGAAUUCAAAGGUCAGGUUAAGCAGCUCAAUUCAAAAAAGAAGCAAUUUGAAAGCCAGUUUGAGGACUUCAAAUUAAAAGAGAAGCAAUUUGAAGAACAGCGGAAAGAAUUCGAUGCUGAAGAGAAUAAGUUCAAAGUACUAGUGAAAGAGCUCAAGUUAAAAGACAAGCAAUUUGAAGGACAAGUCAAGGAUCCAGAGUCAAAGCUUAAUAAUUUUGAUGGACAAGUGAAGGAGCCUGAGUUGACAGUGAAACAAUAUGAACCAUUAAUGAACUAUUUUGAUGAGGAAACAGAAUCGGGUUGGAAAAGAAUCUUAUACAAGUUUUGCCCUUCUCAAUUGUCCAAAGUAUUUAAAGGAAUGUGAAGGAAGAUCAUACUAUCAGUUUGAGUUUGAGCCACUGCAGCUGGAAAUCCCCAUGUGUUCAUUUUGACCUCUUGAUUAAUGAUGCAAUUACAAAGUAACAGUCAAUAGCUACUCAUUACACAUGUGAUUUAGUUGCUUUAAGAAUGCCUCUAAAUUUAUGUUCCUUAAGUUUUUGUUUUUGGCUUUUAGACUGGUUAAUUCACUCUGGACAGACAGAAUGCACAGUUGCCCAUCAUGAGUUCUGUUUUAUUUUUCCUGCAGUGACUGAUUGAUCUUGCUUUGUUGAACAAUUUUUUAAAUUUUGUGUUUUGUUAUGUCAUAUAUUGGGGCCUUAAUAUAGGUGAACAAGCUUCAAGGGAAAUAAAUAUAAUUUU